AUGGACACCACGCAGGAAUGGGAGCGUCACACGACGAGCUCCAUUGCGGAGCAAGAGCUCUUCUUUGGCUCAUCGCCAUCAGGCCAAGGCCAGCCUCAGUCUGGGCGGCAGCAGCAGCAGCAGCAGCAGCAAUAUCAGCCUCGAUGGCACGAUGACGCCCAAGACGACUCACCCGUCGAACCAAGGAGCGGGGUUCCGGCUGUGAAUGUGAUUCCGGCUACGCCCUCUACCCUUCGUUCAAACAGUGUGCGCUCAAAUCUCUCUUGGCGGGAUAGGGAUGCCGAGAGGCAGGCGGCGGCGGCCGGCGCGCUUCCGGAAGUUGAGGAGGAAGAUAACAUUUACGAUCCGCCGAGCACUCAUAGACCGGCAACACCGCCCACCCAGUCCAAGGUUUCGGCUCACCACACGGCGUCAACUUUUGACUCGCCGACUCAGACGAAGGUGGAUGAGGAUUAUAAUGUAUCGCCUAUGACCGAGCCUGCUAUUUCACACAACGACACGGGAUUCUCUCAUGCAGAAUCAGUUGACAAUGCAGACGCCGAACGGUACUACGAUGCGUCAUACUCUCCUCAAAACGAGCACCCUUCUUCAUUUGAUAAAGGGAAAGUCGUUGAGACGCACCCGGAGCCCGCGGUGCUUUAUCACAACACCGAGCACUCAAACACCAAUGAGCGCCGUUCAUCGAUCGAUAAGGGCAAAGCCGCAGAGGCGUACCCGGACUAUGAAGAACAGCCGCCCGCACCGAAUCCCAGGCCAGUAUCAGAAGUUCCCGACUUUUACGCUCAAGAACAUGGUGGUUACGGUAGAGAUCAUGCGGUCCAGGAACAAGAAGACCGCGACUAUGCAAUGGCCUUAGCACUUCAGGAAGAGGAAGAAGGUCAAUCAACACCCCUUCCACAACGACACACCCAACCAGCAUGGAACAGCAACGGACCCCUCUCCUCCAAUCCCUUCUCAUCACCCGAAGACCAGGACCGCGCCCUCGCUGAGCGUCUCCAAGAAGAAGAAGAAAACGGGCCCCCGCCCCCCUUACCAGCCCGCCCUCACCCCAAAGCCGUGGCAGAACUCCUCUCUCAGAGUCAGGAACCUCCUCCAUUCUCAAGAACGCCCUCCAUAGAAGGCAUCAUGCCGCCUCCAAAGCGCCAAGGCUCCGACUUUGGCAACGACGACCCUUCAAACCCGAUUCACUACAGCCGAGACCCCCACAAGCUCAUCACCUACCUCGUUCCCUUCCCUAAGCCCUGGCUGGGCUCCAAGGCGCCGUCCGACGCCAUCCCCACCCGCUUCCUCAUCUACACACCCCCGCCUCCGCCUCUCCAGGCGCCGCCUGAGGGCGUAAAGGAGGGCGUCACUCACAAGGUGCAGCGGAAGUGGCAGACUGAGGUCAGACAGGCCAAGAUGAGCGACGCAAAGACGACCAGCUGGGCGGGAUUCAAAGCCAAGUGUACGCGCGGGGUGGAUAAGGCUAUGCAGUAUACCACCACGAGUAACUUGGAUUACCUAGCUCGUGUUACGCCUCCGGCGAAGCCACCCUCAGCGAUAUCACGCAAGCUUUCGCUAAAGGGGAGAAUGAAGAAGGAUAAGAAGGACAAGAGCGCUUCGGGAGAUGAGAAGGACGGCAAGAAGAGCCUUGAGGAGAAGAAGCGUGAGAGUUCCGACAUCAAGGGGGACGACGCGGAAAAGCCCCUCCACGAUGACGAGAAGAAGCCCUCCGAGGACAAGGAUAUCGAUGAGAGAGCGAGGGAUGAGAAAUUGACCGAGGAGAAGGGCGACAGGGAGGAAGAGGAUUACUUUAAGUCGGAGCAAGUCAACAAGGACGAGCAAGACGAGCUCAUGGAGGAUGACCCGGCUCACACGUCUCAUGAGACCAAGAAGACGGUCGGCGUUGAGGAGAUUGUCAUUGUGUACUCACCCUCGAUGAAUAUGACCCCCGAGGCCAUGAGGGAGGAAUUCGUCAACUCGAUGAUGCGAACAAAGUCCAAGGCACAGCGCGACGCCGUCAUCGCGACUGGUCUGCUUCCUGUUUCGCUGGCCAUUGACUUGGUUAUGAUUGCCGUCUCUGGGCUCUUUGAGGUCAACGCUGUAUGGGCAUACUUCACGAUCAAGGGCUCCAAGACGGCGCGCUCUGUCACCAAGCGUAUUACUUCCUCCUCCAAGAAACCCGAGUUCAUCGACCCCGAAAAGUCAGAGGCCGAGUUGGCCAAGGAGGACAAGCUCCAUCUCAGUUUCAAGCCGGCUAAUCGCAUCGACGUCUUGACGCGAUACCUGGAGGCCGAGUGUCACCGCGUCGAUUCGAGAUUAUUUCCCCGAUACACCUCUGCACCCACAGAAGUGGAAUGCCUAGAGGCGAUCGGCUGGUCUCCCGCCCUUACACGCGGUCAGAAGAACUGGGAAGAUGAAGCGUGGGAGGUGAACGAUGUCAAGGAGGAUUUGAGGGUCGUGAUGCACAAGGCGGCGAAGGAGUGGCGGAAGUGGUGCAAUCGGUAUGAGAAGAACCCGGAGAAGAGCUUGACCAAGUGA